AUGUCACUUAAUUUCAGCGAUCCAGCUGUGUAUGGUCAAGCCGUUGCGGCUCCUGAGGUGCAGGAGGGUGUGGAAUACUGUACUGGGAUAGCCACGCAGUUCGAUGAGGAUAUCGGUUCGAACGGUGGUAGUGCUAUAAUCAUGGGCAUGGGUUGGCCCAUGAUAGGCUUAGGGCUGGUCGUCAGUGGUUGGAGACUCAAGACGAGACCCGAUCUGCGAGCAUAUCUUCUUUUUGCUUGCACGUGUUUAUCUGUGGCCGACUGUGCGGUGCUUGCAUGGGCCAGAAGCAACCCGUACUCGUACACAUACAGGGAUCACUUAUAUUUAUUCUCGGUGCUUUUGAUUCCCUGGUCUAUCGUCCGAAACAGCACCCUUCUUAUGGCCUCCGCUCUGCGCUUCCGAGCUAUACUGACCAACAAGCCGCAUCAGAAGGCUCUCGUCGCUGGCUUGAUAAUUAUUGCCACCGCAACCGGUGCUGCUGAACUAGGCAUCGCUUACAGAGACGUUUUGCAAAACGAAUUCUUAGGAGGGAUUUCGUCAUACUUCUGGGGAAUUAGUGUCAUCAAGCCGCUUGUAUACUCACUUGUUGGACUGGGGACGUUUACGAAAGGGGUAAUUGGGUUUGUCACCGACGGAGAUUGCUUGAGACCUUCGCGCAAACCGCAACAAAGGUGUUUCAGUGGGAUCCCCAGGGGCCCAGCGGAUGAGAAAUAUGGAGCUUAUCAACAACGUCCUGCUCCUUUUCACCAUGACCAUGUCUACCCUGACGAUAAUUAUUAUUCUAGCCUCCCGGGGGGCAGUUGGUACACCAACCCAAUACAACAAACUGUUAGUGUGUAUUGGGUGGUGGGUGAAAACCUUUUUGAAGUGCUCGCACUUUUCAAAACGUCCGCUGAUCAAGCGUCGAAUGCACAAUCGGAAAGUACCGGAUCUCGAACGGGGCCUCGAAUUGCGAAAUCCAGCAGCCCAGCCAAGCCUCAGAUAGGAAACUCUGCCCUGGCUGACAAAGGAGACAACCCACAACAAAUCGCGGGCGCCUCGGCUCGCAAUCUGGGGGGAAAUAUUCCUGGCCGGAGCUGGGCUCCCACUCCUACCAUAGCGUUGGAGGAUUGCUACCGCACCGUUAAGCUGUUGGCCCUUGACAAACUAGAGAAAGAAGAUGUCCGUGUCGAAUGGCCUGUCCAAGCUCACAAAAACAUCGACAAAAUUGCCGGGUGCUUGGGCACAUGGAGUGGGGACAACGUGGAGAAACUGGAAGGGAUCCGAACGGAGAAACUACAGAGGGAUGAGGGAGCCAAUCUGCUUUCGCUUUGA